CUUCAUAGCAUUGUCUGUUAAAAAAAAACAAAACUUCAUAGCAUUGAAACUUGGAACAGCUUGAGAAUCAAACGAGGAGCAGUUGAAAGACUCGGGAUUUGAAGAAGGCUUGAACUUUGAAGUUUCUCCAUGGCUGAAGCAACAGCUGUAGUAGCAGCGACCUCUGCUGUAGUAGGGGCCGCAGCAGGUAUGGUGGGCUCGGUGUCCCAAGCUAAACCAGCAUUGUGGGAUCCACUUAUGAGAAAAUUUGCCUCUUCAAAUUGUGUGAAGGAGAUUCUGGAUGCUUUAAAAGAGGCAGUAGGAGUGCUACGUUCUAAAAGGAAGGAUUACCAAAAUGAAGUCGGGGGACAGAAGAUGAAGGUACCAUCUGAAACUUAUAAGGAAUGGAUUCGCAGAGUGAUGGAGAUUGAAGAUCAAGUGGAUAAUUUAGUAGCCAAACAUGACAGAGAAAGCGAGAAGUCAUCUUUUAGCUUUUCUACAUCUUCAACUUUCAGAGAAGAGUUGGUAAAGAAACAUGAACAAGUAAUCAAACUUCUGGAAGAGAGCAAUCAAAUCAAGGAUAAAUUGCUGGCUGGCCAACCACCAGAACCUGUCGUGAAGAUGAGGGCACCAGAUAUCAAAAAAUUUGAGACGCUUCAAAAGUCUCUUGAGCAGGUGUUGGGAUUAUUAAGAAAUGACAAAGUUAAUGGGAUCAAAAUCCAUGGAACUGUGGGGAUUGGGAAAACAACCAUAAUGCUGAACUUGAAUAACCAUGAUGAAGUUGCCAAAAUGUUUGAUAUAGUCAUCUGGGUGAAGGUUUCAACAGAAGGGAGCAAGGAGAAUCUGAGUAGAGAGCAUUUGCAACAGGCUGUUCUGCGAAGACUGAGACUAAAUAUAAAAGGCACCAAACGUGCCGAUGAAGUUGCCCAUGGAAUAUUGGAGGAGUUGAAGGAUAAGAAAUAUUUGCUACUUAUGGAUGACGUUAAGCAAGAUCUCAAUUUGUAUAAAAUGGGAAUUCCUGAUGGCAAGAAUGGUAGCAAGAUUGUUUUGACAACUAGGUUGGGUCAUGUUUGUUCUUCAUUGGUGAACAGAGUGAUCAAGGUGACAAAUUUGUCUGCAGAUGAGGCAUGGGAGAUGUUUCAAGAUGUCCUAGAAUGCCCAAAAAUUAUUGAAAAUCCAAAAAUUGGACCACUUGCGUGGCGAGUAUGCAAUGAUUGUGGCGGUCUUCCACUACUGAUAGAAAAAGUAGCAAACACUUUCAAAGUGAAAAACAACGAGUGCUUAUGGAGUGAUGGACUGAACAGCUGGCGAAUGUGGCCUCAGAAAGAAUGCCAAGGCAUCAGGGAAAUGUAUAACAUGUUGAAAUUCUGUUACGAUGAAUUGGAUGAUGCCCAGAAAAAAUGCUUUCUUUAUGGUGCAUUAUAUCCUGAAGACAGUGACAUUUACACAGAUUAUUUGUUGGAGUGUUGGGCAGCAGAAGAUUUCCUUGGCAAUGAUCAUCAUGCAAAAAAUAUGAAAGCUAGGAAUGGGCAUUUUAUCUUGAGUCACCUCAAGAAUGUUUCAUUACUUGAAGAAACUAUGAGUGAGAAAUGCAUUACCAUGCACAAAUUUAUUAGACAGGCGGCUUUGUAUUUCGCAUCGGAUGAUCCUAAAUGUAAGUAUCUGGUAAAACCAAAUGGAGCAUUACAAGAAGCCCCAGAUGAAGAACCCUGGAGCGAGAAGAAUCGUAUCUCAUUGAGUGACAAUGAAUUCGACAAGUUACCAGAUUGCCCAGAUUGUAGCAUGCUUUCCACGCUUUUCCUUCAAAAAAAUUCAGAACUGACGACAGUCCCUGAAUCAUUUUUUGACCAUAUGCCCAGCCUUCGAGUUUUGAACUUUUGUCAAACUGGAAUCAUGUCAUUACCAAUAUCUGUAUCGAAGCUGAUCAGUCUCAAAGUGCUCUAUUUAUGUGAUUGCGAAUAUUUGAUGGAGCUCCCUUCUGCAGUAGGUGAACUUCCACAUCUUGAAGUGCUUGAUAUUCGGGGUAGUGGGAUCCAUAAUAUACCAACUCAUAUUAAAAACUUGAAAGGUCUAAGGUGUCUGCGUAUAUCCUUCACGAAAUCUGGAAAUGUAAAUGGCACUCCAGAGAUGGAUCUUAAUCAUGAUAUAAUCUCAAAGCUAUCUGCAUUGGAAGAAUUGGUUAUCGAUAUGAAAGCAUUUGAGCAAUGGUCCAAUAAGGUAUUGAUUGAGAAUAUCAUAAAAGAAGUGGCUAUCUUGAAAAGAUUGACGAUUCUCAAGUUAUGCUUUGCUGAUGAGGUUGUAGAUGUCAUAGAGGUGGCUACUACAUUCCGGAUCCACGUACCCGAUGCAGGCAUUCUACAAACUUUUAUGAAGAACAGCCACUUAUGGAGCAACGUCAAACACAUCAAGUCAUUUCAGCUUCUGAUUUCUUGCAAGCAUCCAGACCAUCCUCAAAUUCCCGAGUACUUUAAGUAUGCCAGGUAUAUCAAAUACUGCAAUGGUGAAGGCGCUAGUCCUCCAUUUCCUGAGGUAUUUGCUAAAGCUGAAGCAAUUGAGUUGGUCAACCACAAGGAUAUCAAGCAACUAUCAGACUUUGGAAUUGCAAGCAUGACCCAGAUCCGAGGUUGUCUGAUUGAAAGUUGCAAUGAAAUUGAAACAAUCAUCAGUAGAGUGGAUUGCAAAAUAAUAUUGAACUUGGAGCAUUUAUACAUGAAAAAUUUACCCAAGUUGGAAAGCAUUUGGAAGGUCCCAAUGCAAUCUGGAAGCUUAACCAAACUAAAGACUCUAGUUUUGAGUAGCUGUCAAAUGUUGAAGAAGAUUUUUCCUCCAGGGGUAAUCCACCAACUUGAAAUGCAAUAUUUAAAAAUUGAAGACUGCCCUGGAAUUGUAGAAAUAUUUGAGGAAUCUGAAACUAGUGGGCAUCCGCAUGUGCUUCCAAAACUGAAGAAAUUUGUACUCAUUGAUAUGCCAAAAUUAGAAAGAAUUUGCGCAAAUGAGUUAUUAAACUGGCCAUCCUUGGAGAACUUUGAGAUUUGUAAGUGUCCAAGCUUGCUUAACUUACUUUUCAUAACCGAUAAUGCACCAAAGCUGAAACAUUUCAAAAUAGAGUAGCACUGAUGGAACCAUGCAAUGGCAGAAAGAUGAGGUCAAAGAUCUGACUCCAGAUUUUGCACACUCAGUUCUUAGAUGCUGCUGCUGAAGACUGAUUGGUCCAAUGGACUUUCUGAGUGAAAUUCUGUGGAGUUCGGAUUCCUUGUCUCUCCCUCUCUUCAUUGAUGAAGCGAUUCCGGUGAUUUGGAGUUCUCCUAGUUUGUUUGGUUUUGUGGGUUUUUUUUGUUGAAAUUGUUCUCGUGUUCUGUUCCCUUUCUGGCACACCAAGACAAGAAUAAUGAAAUAGAAACCUAGUGAUGAAGAUGGAGGCUUGUACUUCUUGUAUUGAACUAUUAUGUUUAAGAUUUGAAAUAUUAUUGUGUUUGUUUGAGAUAUUCUGAAGUUCAUAAGACUAUUAUCAACUUAACAUGCCUGAUUUGGCUGUUUUACUUGGC